CUCCGUCUCCUGGCCACAGCGUGUAGUAAACGUGAGUGUGGCACCGCUGGAGCAGCGCACACUCCUACUUCAAAAAGCGUAAAAAAAAAUCAAAAACCAACAAACAAUAAAAAAAAGAGCUCAACCAAGUUUUAGAAGAGGAUAAAAAAAACCCAUUAAUUUUAUUUUACCAUUAAAAAAAGGAAACAGCCAACCAGGCCUCAGCCACGCACUGGGAUUUGAUUCGGACAAACCUUCCGAAGUUUCUGGAAACAUAAGUAUUCGAAACGGUUUUUAUUUAAAAAAAACGAACCGAGAAUCCUACCCAGCUGACAGGUUUAAGCGCCUGACAUCGGGAAAGGCCUCAGUGGCUCCGGUCACUGUGUGGAGGCGGCGGCUCUGUGUGACCGAGGAAGCCCCCUCGCUGUUGGGAAGUUGUCGGGUCUCUGACGAUGAAUCAGACCGGCGCUAGCUACCCCAUGGCCUCGCUGUACGUCGGCGACCUGCACCCAGAUGUGACGGAGGCGAUGCUGUACGAGAAGUUCAGCCCGGCGGGGCCCGUGCUCUCCAUCAGGGUGUGCAGAGACAUGAUCACCAGGAGGUCGCUCGGCUACGCCUAUGUCAACUUCCAGCAGCCUGCAGACGCUGAACGUGCCUUGGAUACCAUGAACUUCGAUGUCAUCAAGGGGAGACCAAUCCGCAUCAUGUGGUCACAGCGUGACCCAUCACUGAGAAAGUCAGGAGUUGGCAAUGUAUUCAUCAAAAAUCUGGAUAAGUCCAUUGACAACAAGGCUCUGUAUGACACCUUCUCUGCAUUUGGAAACAUAUUGUCUUGUAAGGUGGUAUGUGAUGAAAAUGGCUCCAAAGGAUAUGCUUUUGUUCACUUUGAAACUCAGGAUGCUGCAGAUAGAGCAAUUGAAAAAAUGAAUGGCAUGUUGCUAAAUGACCGGAAAGUAUUUGUUGGUCGUUUUAAGUCUCGUAAAGAGAGAGAAGCUGAACUUGGGGCAAAAGCAAAAGAAUUUACCAAUGUUUACAUAAAGAACUUUGGAGAUGAUAUGGAUGAUGAACGACUCAAAGAAAUGUUUGAUAAAUUUGGCAAAACUCUCAGUGUCAAAGUCAUGACAGAUCCAAACGGAAAGUGCAAGGGUUUUGGCUUUGUUAGCUAUGAAAAACAUGAAGAUGCCUCCAAGGCUGUGGAAGAAAUGAAUGGGAAGGAACUGAAUGGAAAGAUGCUCUUUGUUGGCCGUGCCCAAAAAAAAGUGGAACGGCAGGCUGAACUGAAAAGAAAGUUUGAACAGUUAAAACAAGAACGGAUCAGCAGAUAUCAGGGUGUGAAUCUAUACAUCAAAAACCUAGAUGACACCAUUGAUGAUGAAAAACUGAGAAAAGAGUUUGCUCCAUUUGGUUCAAUCACCAGUGCCAAGGUAAUGCUGGAGGAUGGUCGAAGCAAAGGUUUUGGCUUUGUCUGCUUCUCCUCUCCUGAAGAAGCCACGAAAGCUGUAACAGAAAUGAAUGGGCGUAUUGUUGGUUCCAAGCCAUUAUAUGUAGCCCUUGCUCAAAGAAAAGAGGAACGCAAGGCUCAUUUAACUAAUCAGUAUAUGCAGCGAAUCGCAGGGAUGCGUGCCAUGCCAGCCAAUACAAUUAUCAACCAAUUUCAGCCAGCUGCUGGAGGCUACUUUAUGCCAGCUGUGCCUCAGGCACAAAACAGAGCUACCUAUUAUGCACCAAAUCAGAUGGCUCAGAUGAGACCCAGUACUCGCUGGCAACAGCAACAAACCAGGCCCCAAGGGUUCCAAGCCAUGCCAAAUGCCCUUCGCCAGGGAGGUCCCAGGCCUUCUCUUCGUCACCUUACCCCAACAGGAAAUGCUCAGGGUUCUCGAGGUAUUCCUGGUGCACAAAGAAUGGGAUUAUCUACAACACAGAAUAUGGCACAUCGCCCUGGAAUUGCUGGCCCAACACCACGGGGUGUUCCACCUUACAAAUAUGCCUCCACAGUCAGGAACCCACAGCAAUCAGUAGUGCAAACUCAAAUGGGUGUACAGCAGCCCUCUCAGACUGCAGUGCUUGUACAAGGACAGGAACCCCUGACUGCCUCCAUGCUUGCUGCAGCUCCUCCUCAGGAACAGAAGCAGAUGCUUGGUGAACGUCUGUUCCCGUUGAUCCAGAGUAUGCAUCCUUCCCUAGCUGGAAAAAUCACUGGAAUGCUUCUUGAGAUAGACAAUUCUGAGUUGCUACAUAUGUUGGAAUCACCAGAAUCACUACGAUCAAAGGUUGAAGAAGCUGUGGCUGUGCUGCAAGCUCACCAGGCCAAGAAAGAGGCAGCCCAGAAGGCAGCUGUGGUCGUAGCUACAUCCUAAAGUGGGAGGAACAUUUGCAACAGUUGCCAAGAACCAACGAAUCCACAAAUUUGGUUCAGAUAUACUCAGACUGGAUACGUGGAUCGUGCUUAGCUUUAAGGGAAAAAAACAAAAAACAUUGCAAAAUUUCAAAUAACCAGAUUCUGAAAGAUUUUAAUGUACUUUAAGUAUUUAAAAGAAAUAUAUUUUGAUAGAUCAAACUAUAAUAUUACAAAGCAGAGCACCACUCUGAUAUACAGCUUGCUUUGUUUUGAAUAUGAAUAUCUGUGGCCAGGAUAGAUUUAUUCAUAAAACCAAAUACUGUGGAUGCUGAACACGUGAAAAAAAACAGAAAAUGACGGAAAUGUUCAGCAGGUCAAGCAGCAUCUGUGGAGGGAGAAACAGAGUUAGGAGUUUUGGGUCGAUGACCUAUAAUUUGGAAUUAUUUAUUUUUUCUUUCUUUUCAAAAGACAGGAAGUGAAAGGUUCUAGGUAUGAGAAUGGAGCUAGAUUUUAACUUUGCAGUUAUAUUUUAUCAUUUAAGGUGUGUUUUCCUUUCUAAAACUCAAGUUUGCCCAAAUCUGGAAGUGUGUUUCUGAUUGGGGAAGGGAGAAAAAAAUAAAAACUCUUUGUCU